UCAGUUUCUUGCGGAAUCCGGCAACCGGCGCAGGGGACAUCGCUAGACACAUCUGUCACGGCAUUUUAACAGCUUAUUCCCAAGGCCAGUCGCGUAUUUUAUAUCAUAUUGUUUUUAAUUGAUAUUUUAGCUUUAGAUCGUUCACAUUUAGGUACAACGAGUCCGUUGUUAAACGUCUGAAAAUGAUCAAGAACGGUCAUCACGCAUCAAGCGAAGCGGGGCGAGAAGACGGAGCUGCGGCGAGCACCGCAGCCUGCAGUCCGGAGAAGAGGAAGCGCAUCGUACGGGUGUGGUGUGAUGGAUGCUAUGACAUGGUCCACUACGGCCACUCCAACCAGCUGCGCCAGGCCAAGGCCAUGGGCGAUUACCUCAUCGUUGGAGUCCAUACGGACGGUGAGAUCUCGAAGCACAAGGGCCCCCCAGUCUUCACUCAGGCUGAAAGGUAUAAGAUGGUGCGUGCCAUAAAGUGGGUGGAUGAGAUAGUGGAGGGGGCGCCUUACGUCACCACGCUGGAGACCCUGGACAAGUACAACUGUGACUUCUGCGUGCACGGAGAUGACAUCACGCUAACCGUGGAUGGGAAGGAUACCUACGAGGAAGUGAAGAAGUCUGGCAGAUACAGGGAGUGCAAGAGAACCCAGGGCGUGUCCACCACAGACCUUGUAGGCCGUAUGCUGCUGAUGACCAAAGCACACCACAGCAACAUUGACAAUUCGGACUAUCAACAGCAUACAGACAACUUUGGAAAGGGUCCCAAAGGCCACAGUCCCUGGACAGGGGUGUCCCAGUUCCUCCAGACGUCGCAGAAGAUCAUCCAGUUUGCCUCUGGAAAGGAGCCGCAGCCCGGAGACACCAUCAUCUAUGUGGCGGGAGCCUUUGACCUGUUCCAUAUCGGCCACGUGGAUUUCUUAGAGACUGUGUACAAGCAGUCCGACAAGCCCUACGUCAUUGUGGGGCUACACUUCGAUCAGGAGGUGAACCGCUAUAAAGGGAAGAACUAUCCCAUCAUGAACGUCCAUGAGAGAACACUGAGUGUGCUAGCCUGCAGGUACGUGUCGGAGGUGGUGAUCGGGGCUCCCUAUGCUGUCGGAGGAGACCUGCUGGAUCAUUUCAAGGUGGACCUGGUGUGUCAUGGGAAGACAGAGGUGUUCCCAGAUAAGGAUGGCUCGGACCCUUACGCUGAGCCCAGGAAGAGGGGGAUUUUCCGCACGGUGGACAGUGGAAACGGCCUCACCACCGACGACAUCGUGCAGAGAAUAAUCAAGAACAGGCUGCAGUUUGAGGCCAGGAACCAGAAGAAGGAGGCCAAGGAGAUGGCGGUGAUCCAGGCCAUGAAGCGCCGCGAGGAGGAGAAGACGCAGGACAGAGCCCAGACAGCCCUGUAGGAGGGCCCUGGAGAGCCCAGCGAACCGGACCGACACGCCCACACCACCCCAGCACUGUCCCACAGCCAGGACCACAGAGGGGGAGAGAGGGAGAGGGAGAGGGAGAGGGAGAGGGAGAGAGAGAGAGAGAGG